GGGGCGAGGCGAGGGGAGGCUGGCGAGCAGAGAGUGCCCUUGUGUCGCCAGCCGGCGAGCGGCUGGGAGCGAGCAGCCGCCCCGCGCCGCCAGCGGGACGGGACGGGACAGCCCGGGACGGGACGGGGCAGCGCAGCGCAGCACGGCGCGGGACAGGCCGGGCCGGGCCGCAGGGGCAGCCGGACCGACCCCGCGGUAGGGGCGAGGGGAGCCAGCGGGGGCAGCCGGCAGCGCUCGGCGGGGGGAAGCAGCCCGGCGGCGGCGGCGGCAGCGGCAGAGCCGGCGGGGAGAGCCGCUCCCCCCCCCUUCCCUCCCCAAUCCACCCCCGCGACCCCGGCCCUCCUCCUCCUCCUCCUCCUCCUCCUCACCCCACUGGAUACAGCGAGGGAGACACUGCGGCGGCGGAGGCGGCGGCGGCGGCGGCUCCUGCGGGGGGAAGGAAGCGCCCGGAGAGCGGAGCGGCGGGAGGCUGCGGAUCUGCGUGCCUGGCGCCCACCCAGCCCGAGGGGAGCCCCCAGGAUGCGGCUCAAGCCCGGCGCGCUCCUGCGCCUCUACAGCCUCUGCGGGAUCCUCAUGCAAGUGGCUGCUACAAAGAACAAAGUUAGAGGUAGCCAAGGGCAAUUUCCACUUACACAGAAUGUCACGGUUGUUGAAGGGGGAACAGCAAAUUUGACCUGCAGGGUCGAUCAAAAUGAUAACACCUCCCUCCAGUGGUCAAAUCCAGCUCAACAGACGCUGUACUUUGAUGACAAGAAAGCUCUGAGGGACAACAGAAUUGAGCUGGUUCGAGCUUCAUGGCAUGAACUGAGUAUCAGUGUCAGUGAUGUGUCUCUGUCAGAUGAAGGGCAGUACACCUGCUCUUUAUUUACUAUGCCUGUCAAAACCUCCAAGGCUUUUCUUACCGUUCUUGGUGUACCUGAGAAGCCACAAAUUACUGGAUUUACUUCACCAGUUAUGGAGGGAGAGAGGAUGCAGCUAACUUGCAAGACAUCUGGUAGUAAGCCAGCAGCUGAUAUCAGAUGGUUCAAGAAUGACAAAGAAGUUAAAGAUGUUAAAUAUUUAAAAGAAGAAGAUGCAAAUCGUAAAACAUUCACAGUCAGCAGUACACUGGACUUCCUUGCAGAUCGCAAUGAUGAUGGUGCAGUUGUAAGUUGCAGAGUAGAUCAUGAGUCCCUAAACUCUACACCUCAGAUAGCAAUGCAGGUUCUAGAAAUACACUAUACACCUUUAGUUAAAAUCAUUUCUUCCAAUUCAUGGCCCGAAGAAGGACAAUCUAUAAUUUUGACUUGUGAAUCCAAAGGAAAACCAGUGCCAGAACCAGUAUUGUGGACAAAGGACGGUGGAGAACUACCAGAUCCCGAGAGAAUGGUUGUCAACGGCAGGGUCCUAAGCAUCAGUUUCCUAAACAAAACAGACAAUGGCACAUACCGAUGUGAAGCAAAAAACCCCAUUGGCCGAAACAGCACAGAAUAUGUCCUGAUAGUACAUGAUGUUUUCAACACUUUGCUUCCCACUACUGUCAUCCCCUCCCUUACCACUGCAACAGUCACAACCACUGUAGCCUUAACAACCAGCACAACCACAUCAGCAACAGCCAACAGCACCAGAGAUCCAAAUGCUUUGGCUGGACAGACCGGACCUGACCAUGCUCUUAUAGGAGGAAUAGUGGCUGUAGUUGUCUUUGUAACGCUAUGUUCUAUAAUUCUCCUUGGUCGAUACCUGGCAAGACAUAAAGGAACAUAUUUAACAAAUGAAGCAAAAGGAGCUGAAGAUGCACCUGAUGCCGACACAGCCAUUAUCAAUGCAGAAGGCAGCCAAGUCAAUGCAGAGGAGAAAAAAGAGUAUUUCAUUUAGAUGCAGAGCUAGAAUCUUGGGAGUUUUACUUAUCAGGCUGACUGCUGGAUAAAACUGGCUAUCAUUUUUCAGAAUUCAUUUCUGCCAUCUUCUGCUAUCUCUAUUAACUUGCAUACCUGCUAUAAGUAGCCAGUUUAUGCCAACAAUCAGCUGUUGACAUCCUCAUUCUAUAAUUACAGUAUCAUGCAUAAAGCAGGACGUUUCUUAUUGCCUAAAAUUCAUAUCCACUGCUCUCUUAACAUACAGUGCUUGAAUAUACAGCCUUAACAAUGUUAAUCAUCAUCUUAAUCCAAGUUUUCUGUAUUUUUAAGUGUUAUGCAGCUUUCUUCUUUUUCAGUUUUCUUUUACCAUGAUUCCUACUAGUGUGUCAUAGAACAAUAUUCAUAACAAAUACUAAUAAUUUACUUACAGAAAAAGUUAAGUCUAAGAUUAGAGGUUUACAAAAAAUGUUUUAUACAUGUCAAAGAGCAACUUGUUUUUGAGACAUAUGCCCUAGGAAAUACAAACAGAAAUCUUUGUAGAAUAGUUUCUUGUAUGCUUGGAUUUGGUGGGAAGAAAAAAAAAACAAAAAACAAAAAACUGUCCAUUGUUUUUUUUUUGUUUUGUUUUGCUUUGCUUUGUUAUGUUUUAAAUGGUACCUUGACAACAGUGCCAUGUUUCAGUGGUAAAACAUACUGAAUAGCUAUACAAAUUCUGCAAAAUUAGAUAAUAGUGCUUGAUUUGAAACAAAUUUGUCCUGCCCUUAUGCUUUUUGGAAUCACAAAGAUUAGAGGUUGUUUUGAGUAAUUUUUGUUUUUAUAAUUUAUUUGCUUCACAUGGACUCACCUGCCUACUCAAAUUUGAAGUGUUCAUGGGGCACAACUGCAAGACAUUUUAGUAUCUGUAUAUAGUGCAUAUAAUAAAUUCAAUUAAACAUUAUUUGAUACAUAUUUAACUUUUCUGGCAGUAGCUAAGUCAGUCACAAGUAAGCAUUUUCUAAUGUCCAUUAUAUCCCUUUAAAUAUGACUCAAAUCAAUAUUCUGAGUAGAUAACAUGUAUAAGUAUUUUUUUUUGUCUGUAUGUCCUAGCACUGUUCAGCAGCAAACUUUUCUAGUUCUUGUUAAUUUUUUCUUUGUUAUACAAUGGAAGCACAAUGUUAUAUUGAAAGGUAGUUUUAAGCUAACAACCAGUGCACAGCCUCAGGUUUUAAAUUACAACCACAUUUGAUUACUAUCCUUAAAAAAUACUAUUGAGUUGCAAAAAUUCUCAGUUUUUAAUUUGGCAGUUCCAGAGCUGCUUCUCUAUGUUGGUUUGCCAAAAAAAAAAAAAAAAAAAAAAAAAAAAAAAAGGAAAAAAAGGGAAAAAAAAAGAAAAAAAAAUAGAAGUGUUAAAACAAAAGAUAUAUGUUUUGUGUAUACAGUAAAUGGACUAAUUCUUUAUAUUAAAUUCCUGUCUAUGCAUUUUGUGAGGUACAAAAUUAUGUCACCGUGAAUGAUAGAGAAUUCCUGCCAUGCUUUUAGCUCCACAGUGAAAGUCUCUGUUUGGGUUAUUUCUGAAAUUUUUUGUGUAAUUAACAGCUGAAAAAUUACAUGCUCUUAACUACGACAACAAAACACUAUAAGCCCAUUGGCUUAUUUCCUCUUCCAAUGAAGCAACAAGGUUGCCAUAUCAGCUCUUGGUAAUGAUUCUACACUGGAGAAUGCAAGUUAGUCUCAAUGGAGUUUGUUGUACUCCUAAGUUUUGCACCUUUGACAGAAGAAUAUUUCUCUCUGGUUGCUGUACUUGUGAAGCCUAAAAGCAUGAUGGUCUGCUGUAAAAGACCUUCUCCUGGGAUUUUAUUUUUGUGUGGGAAAAGGAGAGUUUGGAAUAUGACAUCAUGUAGUAUGGUAAAAUGGAAGAUAAAGGUGCUGUCAGAUUAUUUAUCAGAAGAAUAUAAACCUUUUAAGGACAAUAUUAGAGUAUUUUAAUUGUUUUUGUUGAAGCAUUUAUCUUGUUGAUUUCUAAGAAAAAAGGGUGACGUCAAUCAAAGCAGCACUUUUUUUCAAAAUAUACAGACAUAAAUAAUAUGAUGUGGUUGAGUGUUAACAUAAUAAAUCAUAUACAGUAUGACAUUUUAAAGAAAUAAGUCUGCAUUGAUGUGAUUGCAUGCUUGUUUUUACAGUUCACUCCAUACCCAUCUGUGGAAAAAUGCAAUAAUAUGUUAAUAUAAUAUGGUAGUUUGAGAGAACCAGGUAGGUGCUACUAGACACAUUGAAAACUAGUAUAGGUUUACAAGAUAUUCAUGUCUUUCAAAACACAUACAUAUAAGAAGGCUGGCAAAGGAAGUCAUUCUAUUUAGUACCAAAAAUAUGGGUUCUUGACACAACUGUAAGUCCCAUUAGCUACAGUACAAUAUCAUAUACUACAAGGUUUUAUUUCAGGACCUGGGGCCCAGCUCAGCUAAGCAUCUAAGUACAUGCUCAGCGUCAGGCAUGGGAGAAGUUCCAUUGAACUGUAAGGCACUAUUCUAAUGCGUAAAAAGAAGUGCUUCCCUGGACAAGGGCCUUAUUUGCUCAAGUGGAAUUCCCCACAGGUGUGGUAUUUAUGCCUUUUUUUUCAUUCUUCCUAGUUCCAGCUUGCUUGAAUAGUAGGGUUAUUACUUGAACCAUUACCCAACCAAGGUCAGGCAAGAUUGCCCUAGGGGUAACUGUUUUGAACCAUUUUCUCCAGUGGCAUAAAAACAGCAUUUAAAUUUUGCAAAAACAGAUAUAAAUUGGCCUGUUGAAAUGGAAUAUUUCAUUGGUUUUCAAUUGCAGUUUCUCACAUGUGCGGGUUUUUAAUGCAGUUGAUCUUCUGUUAGCUUGUACCUUGUGAUGUCGCUUACAUCUGUGCAAAGCAGAUGCAGAAAACACCACAACAAGCAGUCAUAAAUGACAAAUUCUGACUGGGUAGCACUUUACAAGCCUAUCUAGUCCUCACAGAUUUAAAUUACUACACCAGGUGUGAAGAGGCAUCAUUCUCUUGUAAGCAGAACCAUGACUCAAAGCUAAGGAUAUUCAGUAGGCUGUUUUUUAACCCGUUGUCUGUUUCAUUCAUUCAAGAUCCCAUUCUGAAAGUCCCCUUUGAUGAUGGUUUCAAGGUAUCUAGCAAAUGCAUAAAAUGGAGGCUCUGAAUGGGAACCACCUUAGAUAAAAUGUUUGUGACUUCUCUCACAUGCACAUGCAGAGUAGUUUUCUCAAGACCAGGUAGCUAGUUUCUGCCAGUGUACUGUUUACAGUAUCGAUUGCUGAUUAUUUCUACAUUUUUAAUGUUUGUUUUUGUUUUUAAUUUAACGUUUUUCCUAAUGCUUCAAGAACAAGAAAGUGAUGCAUCAGAAGACAAGGGGUGCAUCCUCCCACUCUUUUAGUGUCAACUGACAAAGCAAGAAACGGUUUAAGGAACCUGAUGUUUAACUUGAGGCUCAGAAUUUAAGCUAGAACACUUUAAAAAGCUUUCACGUUACUUAAGGAUGGUUCAUCUUGCACUGAGAUUCCCUCUAUAAAGGAAUACGUGAAGAAAACCAACUUUUCUAAAUAAGACAUGAAAGUUAACAUCUUGUGUAUUUUCAUUACAGUAUAAUAUAUAUAUAUAUAUCUAUUUCAAUUAAAAAAAAAAAAAGGACAGAUUCAUCUGUAAUUAUGUAAUUCAUGAUUGUAACAGCACUGAAGUUACCAUGUACGCACAUGUACAGUAGCUAUAUCAACAGUUACAGCGUAGUUACAUGUACUUCCCUGUAACAUAGCCGUAAUAGUGUAAUUUAGUGCCACUUAUUGUAAAGUGUUACCAAAAGGAAAGCAGAGUUCUUACCUUUACAAUUCCAUUCAAAUUAAAGGUAAGUUUAUAAAAUCAGCACCAUAAAUCUGAUACUACAUUUCUUAAUUAAGGAGGUGAUUUAAAUCUUCAUGUUCACGCUGCAGCUUCCCCCACCGCUUAUCCAGACUCCUCCAAGUGUCUGAUCUCUACACUCCUAGGAACUGGUAAUCUGUGAUGAACAUACCAAAAAUCCAUCUACUUCAACUUUAAUUGAAUAAGCUGCCUAAUAGAGAAAAAGGAAACAAAAAAUAUGUGAGUAAUGCUUUUUAUUAAGUGGCACAAAGUACACACUAAAAACUAUGCAAAAAUAUAGGUAAAUACAGUGUACUUACAUGUAAGUAUCUUGUACUUGCUGUGUAUGGAUAUUGGAAAACCAUGUAAUUAUAAUAUGCAUUUUGAUUAUUUCAAGCAGGAGACAACCCCUAACAGUCACGAGGAAUACCUGAAAGGUACAUAUACAAGCAGUUGAUAUCCUAAUGCAAUAUGUGUAAUUCCUCUACAACUAAUUUAUAAAAAUGCUUAUACCACUUCUCAUUCCCACUAGCUCUAAUUUCCACCUCUUUAAGGUCCAUUAAAUACCACUGAAACACCUUUAGGCAAAGUAAGACACUGACUCUGCUAACAACUUUGCUGCCAGUAUUCCAUGUGUCUGGCAACACUGUUGAGUAAUCUAUUUCUGGCUCAACAGCACAAACUUCCUCUUCUUUUCUGUCCUCAAGGGAGCCUAGUAUGUUAAAAUGCUGAAAUAUGCUGCCAUAUGCCCUGGUAUUUUUAGCAGGAACAACAGAGAAAGAGAGCGAGAACUGCGUUCUCCUGACCCCUAUUUUGCUGAAUCACCUCACCUGGAAUUUCCACUACUUGCUCAGUAACGCCAGGCAAUCUUAAGUUGUAAGUACCAAAUGCUUCCAUCAGAGUAAAGAGGAUGCCUUUAAUAAUAAAGCUAACGUUUUGUAAACGUGGAGUUUUGUAUUACUGAUCAUUUUUAUUCUUGCCACUUUUCCAUCAGACCCUACUAGAAAGAAUGCACUGAAAGACAGAUAAAGGCAAAUAACAUACAAUAGCAAAAGAAGAAAAGAAUAUUGUAAGCCUUUUUUUUAUUAUUUCUGCCAUUACUAUAUAACCCUCCUUUGUGUUAUAUGUAACAGGCAAAUAGAUGCAUUUAGCAAUUACCAUUAGCAUCACUCCGCACUGUACUGUUCCUAGAAUAUGACAUCUACCUCUUAGUCUAAAUACUAUCUAUGAGAUAUUUAUAUACAUUUUAAAUUACUACUGAGUGUUUGAUGUAGUCUUGAAAUAAGAUAAUUAUAUAUAUAUAUAUUUUUUUUUUUCUGCUAAAAAUAGACAGAAAAUAUUGCCUGGGUUCAUGAUAUGAUACUUGCCCUAUUCUUUACUAACUUUGGGAUAUUAUGAGACUAUAACAGGGCAUAAGGACACAGCCUCAGCUGGUAUAAAUCAGCUUCACUCUAUUGCCUUAAAUGUGUGGCCAAUUUACACUGGCUGGGGAUUCAUCCCAAACAGCUUAAAAAUAAACUGCUAUAACACUUCAAUAUUUAGUCGGUACAAGACAAUGACAUGCAAUCCAACUGCAACACGUUUCUUUCCAGUAAAAGGCAUGCAAUUUUGAAGAGAAACUUUUUUAAAGCACAUGCAAGCUUUUGAAUUAAAUAUGCAAUACCAAUACUGUUGAGAUAUUCUGGGAUGUCUCUUACUUGUAUUUAAACAUAAUAUUGCUGGAGCAUGUUUACAUUAAAACAUUCAAUGCAUGGGGGACAGGGAAGGACUAUUGGAAACAAUAAGAGAAAAUUAAAUGGACAGAGCAGCUUUUGAUGUCAACAGAGCUGAGUAGAAGCUCUUACCAGAAGUGGCACUUCCUACAUGAUUUCCUACAUGAUUGUUCAGAGUGGGUCUGACCUAUUACUUCUAAUGCAAAUGAGAGAUGUCUACUUAGUGCUGACAGAAGCUAGCACAGUUCCUUCCUCUGUCGAUGAAUCUCACCCAGCACUCUGCACUUGCUUUAUCUCAGGAGGAAAUAAGGGUACAAACAUGGUUUAACAGCACACUUAUGUAUCGCUCCACAUUUUUGGGAUGCUCUAAGCUUCAUGCGCUUCUAGCAGCCCUUAAGGGAAUUAUUCCAGCAUCUAGGAAUCACCUUAUUUCCAUACCAUGUUCAUUUUCUUCAGCACUGUUUAAUGUACUCACAACCAGACAGAAAGUAGUGUAGAGCCAGUACAGUGUCUCUGCAGUACUAGGGGAUACCUGAGGCAGGGUUUCUUUCAGCAGAUGGGAGGAAAAAAAAAUUUUUUUGACUUCCGUGUUUACCAUAGAUCAUCCCUCCUUGUUCUGUGUCUUAAGUCAUUUAUUCUCUGCUGGCUAAAAGCAGCAGUUUGAUUGGAAUGGAAGUAUAAAACAAAGCCUCCCUUCUGAAAGGAGCAGUCUGUGUUACUAUUGGAAAAAAGUUUGAGGAUUAAUUUUUAUUUAUUUAUUUAUUUUUAAGAUUUCAGAUGUACAGCCAAGCCUGUUGGGGUCAGCACUUCAGCACUUUCCCUGUGUUCAGGGUUAAGCCAGCAGUGUUUCGUGUGUGAGCUCUGAUCUCACAUUUCAGCACAAACUACACACAGCCUUACCCUGCUCUUAUGCGUAGUGCUGAAAAUCACCGAUACUAUUUUCUUCUAGAUACACGCAUUUUCUUAGUCCUAGUCUAUAAUGAAACCAUUGAAGGGUCUUCAUAAUACAUUCAAAAAGAGGGUUUUUAUAAAGAAAAUAAUAGUGAACAUCAUAAACUGUCAGUGUUGAUUAUUAAGAGGAGAAAAAAUUUUAAUUGCUCGACUGAAUUCUUUAGCACUUCCUCUUUCCUUCCUUUCCGUGAAUAUUAAUUAAUGUUAGUAAAUACAUAGUUGCACAUACUAUCCUUUUUCAGUAAAAGCAGAUUUCCUUAUACCCCUAUAUAACAUCCAUAGGAAUAAGCAAAUAUGACCUACAGUCAUCUGCUUCUGCCUCUGCAGUGAGCCAAGAGUGAACUCAUGGGUUACUGGAUUCAUAUACGUCUUGCUUCCUUAAAAGCUGGAUACAAUAUGCCUAUUGAUUUCAAAAGAAUGAGGCUCAAAUCCUUAAUGCAUGUUUGAGUUGCUAUUUAGUUCUUCAGGAACAGAAUUAUAAAGCAUUCAUUGUGCAUCCUCUUCUUUUAGCCCAGGUAUUUUAUAAUGACCAAACAAACAAACAAAUAUAUAAAAUCAGUUCAGCAGGAACUUUUCUAAAAUAAAUAAAAAGGCAUAAUUUGUGAAAUUACUAUAACAACUUCAUGUGUUCAUAGUCAGUAUAAGUCUAUUUUCUUAAGAAGACCAAUAUACUCUGUCCUUAUACUGGCAGUUUAUGGCCUUUGGAAGGAUACAUUUUAACGGUUCAAAAAUAAAAACACUAACCUUUAAAAAAAAACAUGGGAAUUAAACAUAUUGCACUGCUGAUGGAGACACAUUUACUAUAUUUAAUUUCCUCAUUAACAACUUUAAGCAGACAAAAUGCAUAUUGUAAUGUUAGGUACAUGACACUUGCAUGUUGCUAUGCCUAUAUACUUACAAAGUAUUCAAUGUGUACUUAGUGGCGCUUAAAAAAUGUCAUGUACAAUUCUUCUGAACAUUCUUACAGGGUUCCCAUUUGCACUUCAUCUUUCAGAAAAGUCUUGUCAGAAAAAUGUCUGAUGAAUAUUAUUGAAAAAAAAAAAUAAAAUUUCAAUUUUAGUUAUCUGUU